UUUUUCGGCCAAUCCGACAACUCGCUGUUAGUUUUUACUUCUGCUGCGUUACACACCCUCAAGAAUUUUGUUCUGUGAUGUAAUGAGUAGAUUUUGACGCAUUUCAAUGCUUACGUAAUGUUAUCAGCUUUCGAAUAAUUGAACCAGUUAAGUCGUCACAGAACGCUCGCAUUUAACAGUAUUUGUGGUAACGAGUGGCUGACAGUUGGCUGCGUAACUCAGUGCUAGUCACCUGUCAAUAAGCUUGGGUGAGAUUGUAUUCCGUCACAGUUGAACUUUUUUUCUUAAUUAUUAUCUUAUGGAACCUGCGUCACCUGGAAUCAUCGUUGCUGAUGAUUAUAAGGGAUAUCAUCCAGAUUUCUUUUGUAUACCAAGACAUUAUCAAGGAGCAUUAGAAUGUGUCUUAAUUCCUGGUGGAGUGAUAAAAGACAGAAUCGAGAGGCUUGCUCAAGACAUUGCCGAAGACAUUGGAAAUGAACCUAUAUUUGCUCUUUGUGUUCUGAAAGGAGGUUAUAAAUUUUUUACUGAUCUGAUAGACCAAGUAAAAAAAUAUAACCAUUAUGCCACACGUAAUACAAUUCGUAUAUCUGUGGAUUUCAUUCGAUUAAAAAGUUAUAAGCAGGAUGAUGCAAGCAGUGGUGAUGUCCAAGUCAUAGGAGUAGAUGAUAUGAGUGUCUUCACUGGAAGAAAUGUUCUCAUUGUUGAAGAUGUGAUAGACACAGGCCGUACAAUCAAAGAAUUGUUACGACUUUUAAAAGCUUACCAUGUGAAGUCAGCUAAAGUGGCAAGUUUGCUUGUAAAACGCACCAAAGGAAACUUUUAUCGUCCUGAUUAUUGUGGAUUUGAGGUACCUGAUAAAUUUGUGGUCGGAUAUGCCAUAGAUUAUAAUGAAUAUUUUAGAGAUUUAGAUCAUGUUUGUAUUGUGAAUGAGUUCGGGAAGAAGAAAUUUGGUUCAAUUUAUCCUAACAGAAAUGCAGUGAGGCAGUAAAAACUGUGAUUUUUCUUUUUAUGCGAUAUAUGCUUGUGAUUAUUUGUAUUAGGUAUUAGUAGCAGUAUUAUGUCUUAGAGUAUUGUAUUUAUCUUAGCUUUUACGCAUUCAUCUCGGUUCCAUAAAUAAAUCAAUUUUUGUAUGUAUUUACAUUAUUAAAUGUUUUAUUUUCA